CAUUUACAAAACAUUAUUUCUCACAUUUGAAUACAUAAGGUUGAGAAAUAAUUUUACAAAUUUUGGGGAAAUGUAAACCCAGUUUGUCCCUAUUCUAAAGAAUCACUGAAAUGCAUAAAAAAAAAUACCGUAGACAGUUUUUAUAAAUUAUUGUCACUGACGCCGCCAUGUUGUUACGCUGCAAUGCAUUCUGGGUGUAUGACGUAAGCUUGGUGUUACGGAGCUAGCUCUGUUGAGCCCGAGUGAGUUAAAAUAAAAUAAAAUAAAACGGAGAAAUGAAGAUGCGCGAAAAAGUCACAUCUGUAGAGUGGCGGAAACAGACUUCCAUAGAAACGGGCUUCCAUAGAAACGGGUUUCCAUAGAAACGGGCUUCCAUGAUACUCAAUCAUGUCUGACGUGGCCCCGCCCCCUGUGUUUUUUGGCCCCGCCCCCUGCAGGUGUAUUCUCUCCCCGGGGUCCCAGCCUCAGUCUCACCUGUCGGCCUGCAGCCAUGCUGGAUGAGGCAGUCGGACUGGGCGCUGUGACCGUAUUGGGAGUUCUGGAGCAAGCUUAUUUUUCCCUGCAGGUCAUUUAUGCCAGGAGGAAGUAUAAGGUGUCUCCGCCCUGCAUCAGCGGGCCGCCGGAGUUCGAGCGGAUCUUCAGAGCCCAAGCGAAUUGUUCAGAGUACUUCCCCAUCUUCAUCACCAUCCUGUGGACGUCCGGAGUGUUCUUCAGCCAAGGCCUGUCCAGCCUCUGCGGGCUGCUCUACCUUUAUGGACGGCUGUGUUACUUCUGGGGCUACGCCGAGUCGGCUCAGGGACGUUUGGCUCCACUGUACUUCAGCGCUCGAGUUCUGUGGGUUCUGAUCGGGUUCUCGGCUGUCGGCGUCUUCCUGUCGUUCUGCCGGGUUUACAUGGAGCUGGACCUGCUGCAGGCGCUUGGCCACGCCCUGUUCUGACCCGGAGAGGACGAGGUUCUGCUGUGUGUUUCUAUUCCGGUUCGGAAAGCUUUUCCCCAACUGCUGUGAAAAUAAAACCGGGUCAUUAAACAGAACCGCGCUGUUUCUCCAGUCA